CUUAAAAUUUAUUAUAACGCUUUUAAAACUCCCCCCCAAAACAAAGGGAGCUUAAAGGAUCCUUCACUUUUUAAAAAAUGGGACAAAAUCUAGUCCUCUGGUACUGACAAAGAGAAGCUACUGGCAUAUGAAUUGUUAUGAUUGAGAAUAUCUACUUAUUUCAUCAUCAAAAGAGAAUCUGAUGACAUCAUCAUUCACAGAAGACUGAAAUAAUAAACACACAAACUGGAGAGUCAUAGAACCUAAUUAGUAUCUGAUUCAUGAUUUUUCAAGGGCCUCAAAAUGUCCUGCUUAAGAUUCUCUACAUGUCUUCUUAAACUACUAUACCAUAAACGUUAAGAGUCUCCAAUGAAGAAUCUGUUUAAAAUUCCUAUAUGAUUUUAGGAAAACAAAAGGAAAGGAUGAUAUACACAAGAAAAAUAAUUCUAUUGUUAUUGAUUUUAUUUUCUCUAUGGGCAUUGCGUAGUGAGUAUUAUCUCAGAACAAAGGAACUACAGAGGAUGUAUCACUGCUGGUCUCAGAAAAAUAAACCAGAAUUACAGCUGUCAGACUGGUUUCAUCCCAUUGUACACACGAACUUGACUAUUACUGAAUGGUCAGCUCCAGUUGUGUGGGAUGGCACUUACAAUGAGUCAGUCUUGGAAAAUUAUUAUGAAAAUCAUAAAAUUACUGUGGGGCUGACUGUGUUUGCUGUGGGAAGAUAUCUUGAUUUCUAUUUGCAAAGGUUUUUGGCAUCUGCUAAUCAGUUUUUUAUGACUGACCAGAAAGUCAUAAUUUAUGUCAUGGUAGAUAACUACACCAAGAUGCCUUGGAUACCUCUGAAUCCCCUCCGUACAUUCAAAGUUUUUGUAAUUAAGAAAGAGAAAAGAUGGCAAGAUAUCAGUAUGAUGCGUAUGAAGACCAUUGGUGAACACAUUGUCAGUCACAUCCAAUAUGAAGUUGACUUCCUCUUCUGUAUGGACGUGGACCAGAUAUUUACAACAAAAUAUGGAUUAGAGACUCUGGGAGAGUCAGUAGCUCAGUUACAUUCUUAUUGGUAUCGGGCAAUUCCUAUGAUGUUACCUUAUGAGAGAAAUCAGUUAUCAGAAGCUUAUAUACCUAUGGGUAAGGGGGAUUUUUAUUACCAUGCUGCUGUUUUUGGUGGCACUCCCAUUCAGGUUCUCAAUAUUGCCAGAGAAUGCACCCAAGGGAUCUUGAAUGACAAGAAAAAUAACAUUGAAGCAGUGUGGCAUGAUGAAAGCCACUUAAACAAGUAUUUCUUUCUGCAUAAACCCACUAAAAUCUUAUCACCAGAAUAUUGCUGGGAUUUCAGAGUUACAAGGAAUUCUGAUAUCAGAACUGUCAAACUUUCUUGGGAUUUUAAGAGUUAUGAACAUUUCAGAGUGACGGCUUAAUUUUAUAGCUCUUCCUUCACAUUUCUGAAUUUAAGAGCAUUGUUUUGUCUUAUUCUUUAGAAAAUUGUCUUAUUCCUUAAAAUUAGCACUUGACAAAUUUUAGCACUAAAAAAUAACUAACAAAAUGGUAAGCCCACCACACAGCAAACUCAUACUUAUCUUCACAUUCAUUUUGAACCAUAUAACAUGGGAUUCAGUAGUUGCAGAAUGAGUUUGUUGAAAUCAUAUGUAGAUGAGCAUGUUGAGGAAUUGUAUCUGUUAGAUCACAUUGAAUAAAAUAGAUUCUGUCACAAGAAAAUUAAAUCUUAAAUAUUUUAAUA